AUGUCUGAUUGCAACGACGACAACAACAACAACAAUAACAGUUAUAAAAGUAAGUAUAGACUUGGUUCAUCUCCAACUAUUUCCACUUCAAUCAAUUCAGGAAUUAUUAAUCAACAACAUACCUAUUCAAAUGUUAUUGAUAAUGAUUUAAAUAAUAAUGGUACUACUGAUAAAUCAACUUCAUCAAUUAUUUCAUCUAGUACCAAUGAUAUUGGUAGACUUUUAUCAUGUAUAACAUCAAAUGGAAAUUGUUAUGCAACAUUUACUUCUACUCAUCUUACACAAUUUUCUGAUGAUGUAGGAAAUGAACUGUCUAUUCAUCAUCACCAACAACAACAGCAGCAGCCGCAGCCGCCACAGCAGCCACAACAACAACAAAAACAAGAAUCACCCGGUGGAAAUAAUUCAUCUACAAAUUUAUUAUGUAAUUUCAGAAUUAAAUGUGAAGCUGAUAGUAGUGGUUUUUCACCGACUAGCAAUUUAUCUGGACAAUCUGCGCCAACUUCUAAUAAAACAUCCUAUGAAGUGAUAUGUAAUAAUAAACCAAGCGCCACUAAUUCUUCUACAUUUGAAUCUUUCUCAGGGAAAAGUGAAUCAUUUGAAGAACAUGAAUUAAUUGAUGAACAAUUUGUUGAAAAUUCACGACUUGUUGUUCAAACAAGUGGAUCUUUACGAUCACAUUCACAUAGUAAUAAUAAUAAUAAUAAUAAUAAUAAUAAUAAUAAUAAUAAUAAUAAUGGUGAUAAUGAUACAAAUGAAUCAAUUUUAUCUCAAUCAACAAGAUAUAUACCAUAUUCAUCAGUAAAUCUAUUAACACUACCUCAAACUAAUUUAAGUAAUUCUUUCCAUUCAGACCAUGCUCUUAAUUCAGGAUGCAAUAAUCGAAUAUUGACUAAUUCUCCAAUUCAUAUUUCAUCCCAGAAUCGAUUAGAUAAUGAUAAUGCAAGUGUAAAUUCUCCAUCAGAUUUUACAUCUGAUACACUUAGUUUUAUUGAUACAUCAUCAACAUGUGUAAAUACAUUUGAUGCAAAUGAACGUAUGCUUACAGGGACACUUGAUUUUUCUUGUUUCUUUCCUAAUACAUCAUGUAAUCCACUACUGACAAAACGUUUCACUUCUAAUGGUCAUACACCAUGCACUGGUUAUGGUGUAACUGAUCAAUCUGAUUCAAAAGUUCUAAUCGGUCUUAGUCCUUUGUCGAAAUCACAUCGUUUAUGUUAUCCACAUGAUGGAUAUGAAUCAUUGAAAAGUGACUUCAAAGAACAUUCAAAUAUAAAUAAUAACAAUAAUAAUAAUAAUAACAAUACUAUUGACAGAACUCAGCCAAAUCCUUCACCGAAUCGACUUAAAAAUAUCCUAAACAAUGCAUUAUAUGAUCGUACUAAUAAUAGCAACAACAACAAUGGAUCUAAUACAAUUCCAACAUCUAUAUCUUGUAAUAAUAAUAAUAAUAAUAAUGAUGAAGCAGUGAAUUUAAUUACUGAUUCAGCUCAAAAAGAUUUUUUUCAUUGUAAUGAAGUAGUUCAAUUACCAGGAUUUAGUAGUCCUGAAUCAGCUUUCUAUCAAUAUCAAAAUAGAAUGGAAGGACAAAAAUGUCAAGUAUGUGGUGAAUUAGCAGCUGGUUUUCAUCAUGGUGCAUAUGUAUGUGAAGCUUGUAAAAAAUUUUUCAUGCGUCAUUCAAUGGCUGAUACCAAACCGACAAAUGUUUGUCCAACUGGCGGUAAUUGUAUCGUAGCCAAAGGUAGUCGUGGCAAAUGUCAAAUUUGUCGUUAUCGUAAAUGUUUAUUAGUUGGAAUGAAAAUGAAAGAUCCUGAAACUCAGUCAGAAAUUGAUAUUUCCAGUAUUCCUUGUCGAGUAUGCGGUGGUAGAUCGUCUGGAUUUCAUUUUGGUGCAUUAACAUGUGAAGGAUGUAAAGGAUUCUUUCGUCGUACUGAAGGCUCAUCGAAUUCAUUAGUUUGUGUAGGUGGUCAAAAUGCUUGUACUAUAACUCCUCGAAGUCGAAAUGCAUGUAAAAGUUGUCGUUUUCGCCGGUGUAUAGCUGCAGGAAUGUCUAAAAAAGGUAGUCGAAUUGGUCGUCAACCAAAUGCUGUGAAAUUUCAUUGUGCCAUUGAAAUUAAACAAUUACAAGCUAUACGUGGUAAUUCCUCGAAUUCCACAGAUGGAUUAUCAUCACCAAAUCAAAAUUCCACUGGUUGUUCAUCAUCAUUCAAUCAAUAUAAUCUGAUUGGAGCUGGAGGAGUCGGUAGUGUGGCGAUUGGCCAUAAUACCAGUAAUAAUAAUAAUCAUCAUCAACAACAUGAUAAGAUGAAUUCUAAUUACAAUCCCACUCUUAUCACUCCAUCAUCAUUGAACGAUUGUAGAUCAUCAUUAUCAUCGUCCAUAACGACGACAACGACGACGACCACCACUUCAACAACAACAAACCAACCGCCAUUAUCUUUACUAUUCUUUCUACCAUCGAACUCUAUGUCAAAUCAUCAUAAUCAUCAAUUAACAGCCGCAUUAAAUAAUGAUGAUUUAAAGUGUACACAAUUAUCAUCAGUGUGUUAUGCCAAUAAUCACGACGGUGGUGGUGGUGGUGGUGAUGAUAAUGAUGAGGACGAGGAUGUUGAUGAUCGUGAUGAUGACGAUGAUGUGGAUGAUGAUGAAAUGCAUUCGAAUAAAUCUGAUUACAAUUUAGAAUCGGAUGCUUCUUCAUUGUCGAAUAACUUGAAAUUACAAAUCUAUAAACAUAUGCAUAUGAGAUCAUCACCACUUAUUGACUCUUCACAAUUGAUUCGUCACUAUUCCAAUGGUACAUCUAGCCUAUAUGAUGCAUUAGGACGACAUGCUUUAAAUAGUGACGAUGAAUCAUCGGUCACAAUAAACGAUGCUAGAAAUAAUUCACAUCCAGUGUGUAGUAUUAGUAGUAGUAGUAAUAAUAAUUCCAAUCAUGACGAUAUGAUUGAUCCGAACUCAGGUUGUAAAUCAAUCAAUUCUAUUAUUCCAUUGCAUCAAUCCGAAUCGGUGACAUUUUGUACAUCUCGUCUAUUGAAUAGUAAUAAUAAAUUGUUAUCUUUUUACUCUCAGGAACAACAACAACAACAUUUACAAACAUUACCUCUUCAAAAUAAUAAUAUCAAUUUUUCUAUAUCUUCUACCUCUUCUCCACCGCCUACUCCUAUUACUACUACUACUACCGCUUCCCCUUCCUUGUGUUCAUCAUCGUCAUCCUCCUCCUCCUCUUCUUUGUCACAACCUUUCUCUUCAAAUCUAUUUCAGGUGCAAACAUGUAAAUCGAGUAUGUUACAUUCAGACAAUGAAUUUGUUCAUAAUAAAUUGAAAUUAUCUACUGUUAGUUCUUCAACUUUCACUACUACUACUACUACUACCACUACCACUACUCCUACUGCUACUCGUACUCCUACUUCCUCCCCAACUCCGACAUCAACAUCAAUUCACGCAAAUACAUCAGACACACCGAUAAUAAAUAAAAUAAAUUUAAAUUAUCAAAAUUUUAUUAGUUUUGAUGAUCCAUCCUUUUGGGAAGAUGCAGAAGAUAGUUUACCAUCAAUUGAUGUAACUCCAGAAGCAAUUGCACAAUUCACUGAUGGUAUGCGUACAGCUACUGAAUUUCUACGAUUACCGAAUGCAUAUUUCAAAACACGUUUUCGUAUGACAUCUAUACCAUUUGAACAUCAAGAUAAUAUCAAUCAAGUAUGGGGUCAUAUGAUGAAUCAUUUUCAUAUGCAUGCACAACAAGUUGUACAAUUCGCUAAACUUGUACCUGGUUUUAAUCAAUUAGGCAUAACAGCUAGAAGUAAUUUAGUGCGUGAAUCAAUGUAUUCUGUCCUAUUAUUACUUCUUAGUCGUGAUUAUUGUCCCGAAACCGAUGAAUAUAAUUAUUUUGAUUUUCCAGCUAAAGAACGUGAAGUGAUUAUGCGACAUUUUCCUACAUUUCAACGUAUCACAGAGCAUUUACGUGUAUCCGGACGAAUAAUGCAUCAUUUAAAUUUAAGUUUACCAGAAUUAUCAUUAUCAUGUGCUGCAGAAAUAUUACGAAAUUAUUGUAUACUUGAAGAGCCUACAGCAAAAAGUACCGCUGAAUUAUUUGUAUUGUCACAUUAUAGUCUGUUAAAUUGUAUGGCAAAACAUUCUGUCUCGACUAUUGUAUCAUUUCAACAAAGACGAACUCAACUAUUCGCUCUUAGAAAAAUGAUACGAGUUAUGGACAAGGAACAUCAUGAAAUUUUAGCAGAUUUAAGAGUUCUACGAUCGGACCUCCGAUUCCCUGAAUUAUAUGUGGAAAUGUUCCAAUUAGCUGAUAGUGCAUCCGCUUUAUUCUCAGCAUCGGCUCAAGCUGUUACAUUAGCUUGUUCUGGUGUACUCCACUCGUCAUUGGUAUCAUUUCAAAAUUCUCAAUUAACAACAUCCAAUGCAUCCUUGAACAACGCCAACUGCGACACCAAUAAUAAUCAGUCUUAUUUGAAUGUGAAUAAAUCAACUGAGCCACCAAUCACUAGUAAUAAUAAUAAUUUUAUUCUAUCAGUUGAUCGAUGGGAUGCCGGUCGACUUGCUGCUCUAUCUGUCCCAGCAGCGGCCGCGGCAGCUGCUGCAGCAGUUGUCGCAUUCACUGAACAAACAUCCACAUGUCAAAAUAAUACUCACAGUAAUCAAUCACUACUACUUCAAUCACUACCUAAUAAUUGUCAAUUAUCAUCAUCAACAUGUGCAUUUUCUCAAUUGUCCUCGACCGGUUCAACAACUAUGCUUGUUGACACAUCGUCAUCGCCGGCGUCGGCGUCAUUGUCAUCAUCAGCUAAUAAUAAUAAUAAUAAUAAUAAUAAUAAUAAUAAUAAUAAUAAUAAUAGUAGUAGUAGUCUUCGUUCAUGUCAGAAACGACCAAAAAACGAUGAUGUCAAUCAUCAACAUCAUCAUCAUCAUCAUCAUUUGGACAAUAAUAACAAUACCAUUGCUUUUAUCACCACUCCUACUCCUACUCCUAUCAAUGUAUCAUCGUCUUUUUUAUUUCCUACUCAUCAGUUGCAUCCUCAUCAUCAUCAACAUCAGCAGCAGCCACAUUCUUGA